AUGGCUAGUACUGAGGCCGUCAAUACCGAGGCGAACCCGUCGUUCCACCAUGACGUCACGCCUGCUCACGAACCCGAAUCCGCGUCUGACAUCUGUCGCUUGCCGUUCGAGCUGUUGCCUCGUGUUUUGGCCCAUCUGCCAUUGGCUGACAGGGCGCAUGCCGCCAUGUCAUGCUCCCCCAUGCGCCAUGCUGUCAACAGUAUCCAUGCCUCCCCUCCCUAUUUUCCCCUCUUUUCCCCUCCCUCCCAGCCUGCUCCCUCCCCUGCCCUACCCUACCCUAUUUCAACGACUCUGCAUUCACCGCGUUCUGCUCCUCUCUUUCCUCCCUCCAUUUUCCCUUCCCUCCUCCAUUCCAGUCUGCUCCCUACCUUGCCCUUUCUCGAUCUCAAGGACGGGAGCCCCUGUCUCAACGAUGCUGAAUUUUCUGCGCUCUUUCCCUCUCUCCCCUCUUUCUCUUUUCCACAUCCUCUCCUUUCGUCUCCCAGCCUGCUCCCUGCCUUGACGUUUCUCGACCUCAAGGCGGGAAGCCCCUGCCUGAAUGACGCUGCAUUCACUGCGCUCUGCAGCAGACUGGGAGCUGCUGGGAUUGGGGAUGCUAAGGAGCGUCGCGCGGGGGCGGGUGCUGGGAUCGAGGAGGGUGGGGGAGGAGCGGAAGGCAAGGGGGGGAUGGGAAAGAGAGGGGCGGGGAGGAAGAGGGGGAGGGCAGGGGAGGAGGAGAAGGAGGAAGGGCGACUGCUGCAUACUACCGAAUUGCAUCAAGCAGCUGGCGCUGACUGCUGGCAUCUGAGUGACAAGUGCACGUCCGUACUACCGGAGAGCAUUGAGGAGUUGGCGCUGUGUGGCGCAGACAGGCACACAGACGCCCUCAUUCAUGGCCUGGUGGCCAGGCUCGGCCCAAACCUUACCAAAUUCGCCUUCUCCGGCUUCAGCCGGUCUAUAGGCUCGGGCCCCUUUGUCUCGCUUCUCUCCGUGUCCUCUCGCCUCGUGUCUCUCGCCAUCGAUGGAGGGGAAGGGCUGGAUGUGGAUACUAUCGUGAUAUUUGCUGGAAGGAACUGUCCCUUCCUGAAGGAGCUCAGUGUCUAUGACAUAUCGAUGGCGUCGCUGGUUUACCUGGCCAGUUGCCACCUGUCGCAUCUCACCCGCUUCCGGCACAAGAGGCGGCAUAGGGGCGUGGGGGUGAGCGACUCGCUUCUGCUACGGCUGAUGCUGCUCUGGCCGCGGCUGGAGGAGCUGGUGCUGGUGGAUAAGGCGGAGAGCGUGGGGCAAGGGAGAGCAGAGGAGGCCCUCACAGACACAGGUCUCCUCAUGCUCACCGCCUGGGUUUCCUCCCUCGCAUCUCUCAAUCUGUACUCUCCUUCCCUUCCCUCCCUCCAUCCUUCACCUCUCCUCCCAGCAGGCCCUUUCAGACACUGGUCUCCUCAUGCUCACCGCCUGUGCUACUUCUCUCACAUCCCUCUCCCUGCCCCCUCCCUUUCUUCCUCCCUGCCUCAUCAGACCCUCACGGACACAGGUCUCCUCAUGCUCACCGCCUGGGCUUCCUCCCUCACCUCUCUCACCCUCAGCCUGCCCUCCCUCUCUGCCUCGAAAAGCUGCUCUGAAGUGGCGCUCAUGCAAGUGGCCAGUGCGUGCACCAGUCUCACCCAUCUGGACCUCUCCAACUUCAGAUGCAUGUCCGACCCGCCUCUGCACGAGUUUGAGUUUGUGAAUCAAGUGAUUUCCCAUCUCCCAUCCCUUCGACCCCACACCCCAGUGGCCAGUGCGUGCACCAGUCUCACCCAUCUGGACCUCUCCAACUUCAGAUGCAUGUCCGACCCGCCUCUGCACGAGUUUAUUUCUCACUCCCCCUUUCUCGCCCAUCCCUCCUUUGCCGCUGCACCCAUCAUCAAUCAAUGCCUCCUUGGCCCGUCGUUCCGCUGCCCCUCACUCGCCCAUCUCUCUCUAGCUGGUGCGCCCAUCACCGAUGCCUGCUUGGACCCUAUAGCCUCGCACUCCCCCUUUAAGCUCUCCUACUCUCUCCUGCACCCACUUCCUCAUUCUCCUCCCUUCCCAGCGCUGCCCCUCACUCGCCCAUUUCUCUCUAGCCGGUGCACCCAUCACCAGUGCCUCUUUGCACCUCAUAGCCUAGCACUUCCCCCUUUGCGCUCCUGUUGUUCCUCUUAUCCCAUUCCCCACUGUCAGCGCUGCCCCGCGCUCGCCCAUCUCUCCCUAGCUGGUGCGCCCAUCACCGAUGCCUCCUUGGACCUGAUAGCCUCGCACUGCCCCAACCUCCAAUCUCUUUCCAUCAAGUGCUGUCGCAAGCUGCUCGAGCCAGGUGUCAGCGCAUUGGCUCGCUGCACUCGGCUGCAAUCACUCAACGCUGCUCUGGUGCCGGGGGUAACUGAAGUCUCCGCUCUGCUGCUGUUUCAAGGCAGCCACGGCACUGAAGACACUGGUGAGAGAAACGGCACCCGGGUGCUGAACCAGAGCCCGCUACCAGACGUCUCGUUAUUGUCACUCUCCUCUCAUUGUCACGGCCUGGAGGAGCUGGCAUUGCAUGGCUGCCCCAGGCUCAACAAUGAAGGUUUGAAAGCUCUUGCCGCCUCUUGCCUUGCCCUCCGCUAUCUCUCCCUAAGCUUCUGCGAUCAAGUCUCGGAUGCCGGAAUCAUAUCCAUCGCCAACAGAUGCCGCCACCUUAUCAAGAUCCGAUUGGACGGCUGCCGCCAGCUGUCCAAUCCCUGCGUCAGGGCUCUUUGCCGCCCAGCCUGGGCCCAGCAGGUUCGGCCGGAGCAGAAUCAGGUCCGGGGGUCAGGUCCGGGUGCCAGUGGCGAGGAGGUUAUUCGUCUGCCCGGGGAGUAUGCAGCUGCUCGUUUGCGCUACUUGAGCAUGCAGAGCUGCCCGAAAAUCUCGGAUGAUAUUUUCGACCACCUAUUGGCUGCCCCUGCGCUGAGAUUUGUUGACGUCGCCCGGGCAAGGUUGACCGAGUGGGCUAUUCAUUCCUUUCACAGCCGUCGACCAGAGGUGGAGCUAUGCAUUAGCGGAGUACCAUAUACUCCACCUGUAGAUUAUUAA